CAGUGGUCACAUUUACAAUCUCAAGAGGAGCUUGUUGGGUCAGGACGUGGACUUUUAUUCUUUUAUGUGACUGUUUUUUUUACUUAAACUCAAAGGAAAGAUGAUGGCCCUUUUAAGUAAACUGUCAUGUCUGGCAAAAAUAAGUGCUAUUUGCCUUGCCGUCACUUUUAUUGCUAUAUUUCUAUAUUUUGAGUCACAGUCUCCUUUGUGUCCAUCUACGUCUACAUUAGCUGAUGAAGAAACCUCUGAAGGCACAGUUUUUACUGAAAAGCCCAUCGUCCUGCUGUGGUUCUGGCCUUUUGGUUUUAGGUUUGAUUUCAAAAACUGCUCAACCUACUUCAACAUUGAUAGCUGCAUACUGACUGAUGAUAGAUCCAUGUACAGCAAAGCAGAAGGAGUCAUUUUCUACCACAAACAUAUUGAUUGGAAUUUCAAAAACAUGCCUCUUGAUCCACGCCCAACAUUUCAGAAGUGGAUUUGGCUUAAUGAGGAAUCUCCAAGGAACACAGCAAAGAAACCAGGUUUAGAAAACCUGUUCAAUUUAACACUGAGCUACAGACGAGAUGCCGACAUUGUGAUGAGGGAUGAGGUGACUAUCAGGAAAGAAGAGAUGAGGGAAGACUUUGUUCUGCCCAAGAAAGACAAACUGGUGUGUUGGAUUGUCAGUAACAAUGCCCCAGGAACUGGAACAAGUACAAGAGAUACAUAUUACCGUGAACUUUCUAAACAUAUAAAGGUUGAUCUCUUUGGAUCUGCUUAUACUGGGCACCGGUUGAGCUUUGAAGACUAUUAUCCAACCAUCAGUAGUUGUAAGUUUUACCUCUCGUUUGAAAACUCACUCUUCAAAGAUUACAUGACAGAAAAGGUGAAUGGGCCCCUCGCAGCAGGGACAGUCCCUGUCGUUCUGGGUUCACCAAGAGAAAACUACGAGCAAUUCCUUCCCAAUGGCUCCUUCAUUCACGUCAAUGAUUUCCCUAAUGCAAAAUCCAUGGCAGAGUUUCUACAGCAGCUGGACAAGGAUGAUGAAGCAUACAUGGGUUAUUUUGAAUGGAGGAAGUACUAUGAUGUCCUUCCUCAUCUUUUGACAGUGGCAAAACAAUUCAUUCAACCCACCUGCCUCGCCUGUGACCACAUCGCAAAAUACAAAGAGUACAAUGUAGUUAAUGACCUUUAUGAGUGGUACUUUACACCAGAACUGCACUGAGAGCACUGCAAUAGAA